AUGUUCGAUGUAAUACUAUUUGUCCUGAUACUAUUACUUACACCAGCUACUAUAAAUCAUGCAGCUAACUUACAAUUAACAAUGGAUGAAUUUGUUACAGAAGAGAUAAGAAAACAAUGUUUAAAACGAUUGGGCUCAUCUGAAGAGAUAGCUAAUUUAAAUGUAUUUCUUGUUUCGGAUUUAUGUCAUUUUGCAACAGGUGCUAGUUUUUUAGUCGAUGAAGGUUAUACAACCAUUUAG